AUGCUCAGUCUUGGCCUGGUCGCUGUUGCAACGGCCACACUCAUCUUCUGCGCAGGCGCCUCCCCAAUCAAGCGCGACGCCGCCAAGGGACCACUGGCCCUCGUGAUCCAGAACAAUACGCCCAGCUCGAACGUGAGCGUCUACUUCACGGCUAGAGAUCCCAAUGGCGGCGAUGUAUUUCUCGGUAGCAAUGGCCAAUGGACAAGCACAUGCGCCGGCCGCUCUGGCUCCGGCAUGCAACCCAUCCCAGCAACUCUUAUCGCGUAUCGCUUGAAACAAGCAGGAAGUGUCACACCGAUAACUUUGCCUCGCGGCAUGGUUUCUGGUCGCAUGUACACCUCGAUCAACGGCCUGGACUUCUUCACAGUCGACGGCUGCGGUCUCGUGCAGCCAUACUUCCAGGACCAAGGUUCGGCGAAUUACGUGAAGAAUUGGGGCUUUUUAGAGUUCACGCUCACACAAACAGAUCUGUGGGUCAAUCCGACUUCAAUCGACUUUGUCGGCUUGGCGCAUGGUUUCGUCGUUGAGACUCCGAAGGGUAAUAUGACAACCAUGGGUAUGGCUCAUGGUGCCGUCCAGACGGUGUGCGACAGGAUGCACAACAUUACCAAGCAGACUGGAGAUCUCGCGUGGUCAAGCCUUUGCCUAUCGAGUAAUGGGAUACCGGUUCGAGUCGUCGGUCCCGAGCAUCACGACGAUCCCAAAGCGCUCGCAUCGUACUGGCAAUCGUAUGUCGAUGCUGUGUGGACCAAAUACCGCAACCAGCCACUCCACGUCGACACGCAAGGCGCGUCCGGCAUCGUCGAUUGCCAGGUCAGGGGCGACAUCAUGUUCUGCGAUAAUGAGCAGUUCGCCAAACCGAACUCGUCCGACAUCUGGGGCUGCGCCUCAGGUACGUUCGCCAAUGCCGGAUCAGGCAAGCAUAUAGCGCUCGCAGCACGCAUCAGCGCGGCGUUCCAUCGUGGCACGCUUUUGCUCGAUGGCGGCGACAAGCAGCCUUUCAAGAACGCGGAUUUGUUUUACUCUGACAAGACGGUUAACCAUUAUGCCAAGGCGGUCCAUGAUGUUGUGUCGGAUGGCCGUCUGUAUGCCUUCCCGUACGAUGACGUCAAUGCCUACGCCGUGGACGCCAGUGGCACCAUUAGUUCGGGCGAUGUUACCAGACUCUUCAUCGGCGUUGGUGGGCCAGUGCAUUGA